AACAUUAGAGGACACGCCUCCCCAUACACCGGAAGUCCAGUGUUGAGCAAAAGUAGUAGUUUGCCGUCAACAAGUUGACUUUUUGUUAAAAGUCCAGAGAAUAAAAGACAACAUGUCGGGAUCUUCCAACAUCGUGGCGAUGAAGAAAGUCGUCCAACAGCUGCGACUUGAGGCGGGAAUAAACCGAGUCAAGGUCUCACAGGCCGCGGCCGACCUGCAGCAGUUCUGUCUUCAGAACGCCCAGCAGGACCCGCUGCUGACCGGCAUGUCGUCCAGCAACAACCCCUUCAGACCGCAGAAAGUUUGCUCCUUCCUGUAACUUCUGCCUUGUAUCUCCAGUGUGCUGCUUGUGAAUUCUACUUCAGCUUCUGCUCUGUGGACCAACAAGUCAUCAAGUCAUAAAGGGAACAAGCAACAGCUUUUUGGAAAGCAAGCUAAAGUUUGGCAAAUACUAUCAUGUUCCACCAACUAAAUACUCCACUAGUGCCUUGUACAGUUUCUCAACCAUAAAGGAUUUUCACAUUU